AAACUCGUAAACGUCGUCUGAGAGAGCGCUGAAGUGGAGAUUUCUCCAUUAGAAUAGUCAACUAUCAAAGCUCCAGCUAGGUAGAACACUCAGUCACCCUCUCUUUAGAACUUUAGUCAAGCAUCAAGGAUUAAAUCAUGGCUAUCGACGAUGAGCGAAAACGGAUUGAAGAUGAAAGAAAAAGGAAACAGGCGGAAACGGAGCGAAAACGAGCAGAAGUUCGUGCUCGUUUAGAAGAAGCUUCGAAAGCUAAGAAAGCGAAGAAGGGUUUUAUGACCCCAGAAAGAAAGAAGAAACUCAGGCUGUUGUUGCGUAAAAAAGCAGCUGAAGAAUUGAAGAAAGAACAAGAAAGGAAAGCAGCUGAACGACGACGAAUCAUUGAACAACGUUGUGGAAAACCAAGACCAGUCGAUGAUGCUAAUGAAGAAACUCUGAAGCGCGUCCUGCGCGAAUACCACGCUAGGAUCUGUGACUUGGAGGAUAAGAAAUUUGACAUCGAAUAUAUCGUGAAGAAGAAGGACUUUGAGAUCGCUGACCUGAACAGUCAAGUAAACGAUCUUCGAGGAAAAUUCAUGAAACCAACCUUGAAAAAAGUAUCGAAGUAUGAAAGUAAAUUUGCCAAGCUGCAGAAAAAAGCUGCUGAAUUUAACUUCCGUAAUCAACUGAAACAAGUUAAAAAGAAAGAAUUCACCUUAGAAGAAGAAGAUAAAGAGGAAAAACCAGAAUGGGUGGAAAAAAGAAUAAAGGAGGACGAGGUGGAGGCAUAGAACAAUUUCCAAUGCCCUUGUCACGUCCUGGCUAUCAAACUAUACCUAAAAUAAAGGAUUAUUUGUAAUCACAAAAAUCUUAUUGUUAAAUACAUUCAAUAGACUAAUAAAUCUAUAAAAUCUUAA